AGAUUGUCGUACAUUCUCCCAUUUGAAAUUCAGCUCACAUCUAACUGUCGCUCGUCUCAAACUAUUUUCCGAAUAUAUUCAGCAAUUGUACAAGUCUGAUGAUGGCUGAUCCCGAAGGUGACAAUUCGGUUCCAUUCGACAUGUCGCUUUUUGACGACUUGGUUGAAGCAAUGAACACAAUGAUUAAAAUUGUCAACCAACCUGUCUCCUAUGAGAUACUUUUGGCGUUAACGGCCAAAAUUGUCGAGCGUCCCCUGACUGUACAGGAGCGUCUAGCCGUUGAGACCGCACUCGUUGUGGCAGUGCAGAUGGGUUCACUGGAACUAAUUGACAAAACUCCUUCCACUGUACAAGAACUACAUAGCAUAGCCCCUGGUCGCUGCACGGUGAAGAAUGUAAGGAAGGUAAAGAAAGGCAAGUCCUCCGCCUCCAAGAAAAGUAUUUAUCGCAAACAUGGUGCUGUCAAACCAAAGAUAAAGCCAAUGUCCAAGCGCAACAAAAAGGACACCGACAGCGACACCUACACCGACACCGACAGCGACAGCGAUUUAGACACUGAAGAGGAUCAGGAGGAGGAGGAGGAGGAGGACAAGAAGUAAAAGUAAAGACUGGGCAAGAUCUCGAUAUAAAACUUCUUGUAGUCAAAAAUAUUUCAUUCUUUCUUUCAACUUUCACACAUGGUCCCAAAAUUUAAUAAUUUAAUGAUAAUUUGUUAAAACAAGCAUAAACAGUUAGAUUUAAAACCACAUUGGAGAGGUCUGGCAGCACCUUAGAGAGAUAACCAGGAAAAAGCUAUAUUUUCAGUUGCUGCUUGUUAGCUAUAAUACUUAGCAUACAUAACGAACAUUUCCAACAGCCUUUCUAGCCUAUAAAUGACUGAAACCGAUAAUAAAAAAAAGCUAAAACUUAGCCAGAAUCUAUAUACACCAAAGGAGAA